GGCAUGCCGAGGAGCAGGGAAAUAAAUUGCUCAGUAUAAAAUGCCUAGAGCGCUUUUCUUUCCAUUCUCACCCUUUCAACCGUAUCCUUAUUCCGUACAACGACUGUGCCUCUGGUCACUCAUCUUGCCCAACAUGCUACGCCCCCCGAUCAACUUCCUCACAUUACACUGUGAUGCUACCCACUUCCGCGUGCAGCCUCUACCAUUUGAUAGCUAAUCUUUGAUUUGCCGCUAGAUGCGUACAUCAUCUUGAUGGGCUUGAUAGCCCUGCCUAUCCUGUACCCUUACGGAAACAUGCCCGCCAUCGACGCUUGGUUCUUUGGUGCCAGUGCGUCCACAGAGUCUGGCUUGAACACUAUCGACGUCAAGGAUCUCAAGACAUAUCAGCAGCUCUACAUUUACUUCAUUCCUAUCUUGACCAACCUGGGCUUCAUAAACAUAGUGGUAGUUGUCGUGCGCCUCUUUUGGUUCAAGAGGCAUCUGAAGCGUCUUAGUGAGUAAUUUGCAAAUCCGUUCAAUCGUUACCCCAUGGCUUCUCACAGCAACCCGCAGCCCCUCAAAAUCUCGGCAACAGCCCAGGUAUACCUGAUGUCGACAUUGAGAGUGCUCGUCAUGAGUCAAAAGUCCCUGCUGAUACGACUGAAAACUCUGACGAAGUCACUAAUGAGCCAAAUGGUAAGGCUAAAGCGACAGAUGACCGCAUCGAAGAGAAUGCUACAAUUGCAAAUGAAGACAGGCGAGUGGCCCGUACCAUGACCAUCACCUUCGAUCCAUCCACCGAAAAGCACAAGGAAGACGCUGCCCUCUACAUCCCUGGUCCGCGAGCUCGCGACCGUGGGUAUCCAAUCGCUCCCAGAAGCCAUGAAGCCGCGCGUCAUCCAGACGACAGUGAUGAUGAUGAUGCAAUCAAACCUGUACCCAACGAAAUUCAGAACAACGGAAGCUCAUCCAUGCGUCGUCGGCGACGCUUCAGCAGUGAUGAUGGCCUUAAAUUCACAGAUUCCCGCUCCAUGGAUCGAGUCGCGGGCGUAGCAGCUUCGUUCCUGGUUCUGGGAUCACAGACAGCGCCUCAGCCGCGCGCCAUCUCUUCAGACUCCAACCGACAGCCUGUCAUCAACGACGUCCCUUUCCUCUCGCGCCAAGCUACCCUCGGAAGAAACUCACAGUUCAAGAACCUAACAUCACAUGAUCGAGAGAUUCUCGGUGGUAUUGAGUAUAGGAGUCUGAAGCUAUUGCUGAAGAUCGUCGUGGUUUACUUCUUUGGUCUUCAUAUCUUUGGUGCGGUUUGUCUCGUCGGCUGGAUCCAUACUGCUGAUAAGCAAUACGCGGAUAUCCUACAGUCAAGCGGACAGGAUAAGACCUGGUGGGGCAUCUACUCCGCUCAGACAAUGGUCGAUAACCUAGGCUUUACUCUCACACCGGACUCUAUGAUCUCAUUCCGCACUGCCAAGUGGCCCAUGAUCCUCAUGAGCUUCCUCGCAUUCGCUGGAAACACGCUCUAUCCUGUCUUUCUGCGUUUGGGCAUAUGGGUCAUGUCAAAGUUAGUACCAAAGACCUCACCUACACAAGAGUCCCUCGCAUUCCUGCUCAACUAUCCUCGUCGAUGCUACACGUUGCUCUUCCCUAGCGGUCCGACGUGGAUCCUCUUCGGUAUCAUCUUCGCUCUCAACUUCAUCGACAUCCUUCUCAUAAUAGUUCUCGACCUCUCCAAUCCCGAAGUUGCCUCUCUUCCACUUUCUCAGCGCAUCCCAGCCGCUAUCUUCCAGGCUGCAUCAGCGCGCCAUACUGGUACCGCUAGCUUCAAUCUUGCGAACGUCAGCCCCGCUGUGCAGCUCAGCUUACUGAUCAUGAUGUAUAUCGCCGUUUUCCCCAUCGCGAUCAGUAUUCGCGCGUCAAAUGCUUAUGAGGAGAAGUCCCUUGGUCUUUGGGACGAAGAGAAGCCUCUAGAUGAGAAGCAUAGCAAGACUUAUCUCUUAACGCAUAUGAAGAACCAGCUUGGUUUCGACCUUUGGUAUAUUUUCUUCGGAACUUUCUGUAUAUGUAUUUCUGAGUCGACGAGGAUAGCGGAUGUCAACGAGCCUGCUUUCUCGGUAUUUUCGGUCCUGUUCGAAGUUACCUCUGCAUACGGAAAUGUUGGGCUGAGUCUUGGGUACCCAACAGUGAGCACCUCACUCAGCGGCAUGUUUGGAACCUUUGGAAAAGCAGUCAUCUGUCUGAUGAUGAUUCGAGGGCGUCACCGUGGAUUACCAUAUGCCCUCGAUCGUGCCAUAAUGCUCCCCACUGGACAGAUUACUAAGAACUGAAUAGUUCUCGAUAGGAUACCGAGACUCUGGUAGGUAGUCGUUGCUGUUCAGGGUUUGAUAUGCGAUAUCCUUCCAGGGACUUCUCUAAUGAUUCGACUUGACGUCUUGGAAUAGGAUUUUCUUGAUGCCAGGCCAGUGUAAUUAGAGACUGGCGCAAAAUCUCAUCAAACACAAUCGAUGAUGUAUGUGAAGUAUUGAUCCAAGAUUCUCAAGAAAACUUGAAGUAGUACCAUUCCCAUGAUUAGGAUCAAUGCAAGCUUGGAGAAAAUCCUAGAUUAGGCGAAAUAUAUUAUAAAGACAGUGGAACUUUUGCCUAAUUAACUUGAUGCCAUUUUGAGACCGGGUUUCGAGGAUUUAAAUAGAGGUUUCGUUUCGUUGA